GGCGGAGCAGGCGGAUCCCCUCCGCGUUGGCUGCCGGUGUUUGGGCUCCGCGCCUGCCCGCUUCCACCUUCUUUUUUGUGGCUCCCCUUUUGUUCUCCUCCUUCCGGAGGAGGAGGGGGAGAUACAAAGGGAGGAAAGUGACCAAAAGGGAGAAGCAGCGAAGGCGAGGAGGAGGCGGAGGAGGCUGGCGAGAGAGAGGAGGCAGCAGGUUGUAGGAUGCUGGCUCCAGGAAGACUAGGCCUGCCCACGUGACCUUUGCUACCAUCAUGCUGUGCCCAUGGCGGGUGAAGCUGAAGAUAUUGCUUGCCUCAGUCACGCUGGUCUUCCUCAUCUCAUGGCUCUACCUCUUUAUGGAUGGAUGUUCCCUUAUGUUCCCUCCUUGCAUUGGGGACCAGUCGAGUCGUUACUUUGACCGCGAGGCCUUGGUGUCCCAGGUGCGAAAAGUGGAAGAGGAAAACCAGCUUUUGAGGAGGCAGUUGAGUCACUCUCAGGCCAAGGAUGAGGUGAUGGCUGGGACUGACAGUAGCCAAUGGGGGGCACAAAUGGUAGAGGACCAGGAUGGAAGAAACUACACAGGCUGUGCCAAGCAGAGGAUGGUUCAAAAGUGUGAGCUCCUCCAUGUUGCCAUUGUGUGCGCCGGGUACAACGCAAGUCGAGAUGUAGUUACCCUCGUGAAAUCCAUCCUUUUCCAUAGGAAGAACCCUCUCCAUUUCCAUCUCAUCACAGAUUCAGUGGCGCGACAGAUCCUGCAAACCCUCUUCCAGUCAUGGAUGGUGCCUUCAGUUCAUGUUAGCUUCUAUGAUGCUGAUGACUUGAAGACAGACAUUUCCUGGAUCCCAAACAAGCACUACUCGGGAAUAUAUGGGUUGAUGAAGCUGACGCUCACCAAAGCUCUUCCCUCCAACCUUUCCAAGGUCAUUGUCCUGGACACAGACAUCACUUUUGCCACUGACAUUGCUGAACUGUGGACUGUCUUUGGAAAGUUCUCAGACAAACAGGUGAUUGGGCUGGUGGAGAACCAAAGUGACUGGUACCUGGGAAACCUCUGGAAGAACCAUAAACCAUGGCCAGCAUUGGGACGUGGCUUCAAUACAGGAGUUAUCCUUCUGUUGCUGGAACGCUUGCGCCGAAUUGGUUGGGAGCAGAUGUGGCGGCUGACAGCAGAAAGGGAACUCAUGAGCAUGCUGUCCACCUCGCUGGCAGACCAGGACAUCUUUAAUGCGGUGAUCAAACAGAGUCCUGCCCUGGUUUACCGGCUCCCUUGCUUCUGGAAUGUGCAGCUCUCUGAUCACACACUCUCAGAGCAGUGCUACACAGAGGUGUCUGAUUUGAAGGUCAUUCACUGGAACUCUCCCAAGAAGUUGAGAGUGAAGAACAAGCAUGUGGAGUUCUUCCGAAACCUGUACUUGACCUUCUUAGAGUAUGAUGGGAACCUUCUGCGCAGAGAGCUCUUUGGCUGUGCCAGUUUGCCCAGCUUAACCAGUGGCCAGCUCCAACAGGCUUUAGAGGAACUGGAUGAAGAUGAUCCUUGUUACGAUUUUCGGAGACAGAGCCUUAUUCAGCACCGUGUGCAUCUCUUCUUCCUCCAGUAUGACUUUCCAGCCUCAACUGAUGCAGCAGAUGUCACUCUCAUUGCUCAGCUGUCCAUGGACAGGUUGCAGAUGCUAGAAGCCAUUUGCAAACACUGGACAGGCCCCAUUAGCCUGGCAUUGUAUCUGUCGGAUGCAGAGGCCCAGCAGUUCCUGCGUUAUGCCCAAGCCUCGGAGGUGCUGAGUAACCGCAGGAAUGUUGCCUAUCACAUUGUGUACAAGGAAGGGCAGUUUUACCCAGUGAACUUCUUGCGCAAUGUAGCAUUGAAGAAUGCGCAGACAUCCCAUGUCUUUUUGACUGAUAUUGACUUCCUGCCCAUGUAUGGCCUUUAUGAUUACCUCAGGACCUCAAUUGUCCAGCUGGAGCUGCCCGAAAGGAAAGCUGCGUUCAUUGUGCCAGCAUUUGAGACUCUGCAUUACCGCCUGACCUUUCCCAAAUCCAAAGCGGAGCUGGUCUCCAUGUUGGACAUGGGCUCCCUCUAUACCUUCAGGUACCAUGUUUGGCCACAGGGCCAUGCACCAACAGACUAUGCCAAGUGGCGGACAGCCACUGUGCCAUAUCAAGUGGAGUGGCAGCCACACUUCGAGCCUUACGUUGUAGUAAGGCGUGACUGUCCCCUGUACGACCAGAGAUUUGUAGGCUUUGGCUGGAACAAGGUGUCACAUAUAAUGGAGCUUGAUGCCCAGGAAUAUGAACUACUGGUCCUACCCAAUGCCUUCAUGGUCCACAUGCCUCAUGCCCCCAGCUUCGACAUUUCCAAAUUCCGCCGGAGUUCUGCCUACAGGGACUGCCUGAAGACCCUGAGAGAAGAGUUCCAUCAGGACAUGUCACGCAAGUAUGGGGCUGCUGCACUCAAGUACCUCACGGCUGAGAGAAAUCUGUGAAAAUAAACCUGGACACCAAAGGACUGUCUGCAUAAGAGCGGCAGAGGGACAAAGCUCUCCUAGAAGAGGUUCAUACUUGCACCAAAGUCUCCUUCCCCGUGGUAGUGUGAUGGCACAACCCUUCCUAGUUUGUGGAAAAUUCAGGGGAAAUACCUACUCUUCAUGGUUAUGCAUAUUCAAUGGCAAACAAAUUGAAGUUCGGCUCUCCAUCUAACUUGGAAUAAGUACCUCGUUAUGCACCUGCAGAUUGCUUCAAAAAUGAGGGAAAGAUGUCCUGUGAGAUGAAGGACUCAAUCCCAACCACUCUGAAACAUGCUUUAGGAAAGGGCUCAUAAUUCUGUGAUGGACCCAAAGAGCUAGACUUCUACUGUGUUGCAGUUCCAUAUCAGGCUAAUUAGUUCUUUCCAUUCUACUUUUGUACCAAAUUCUGUAUUCUUGUUUGUGCACUUGCAUAUUUUGGGGCAAUCUAGUCAUGAUAGAUAAAUAUCAUUUACAGCAGUGGUUCUCAACUUGUGGGUCACCAGGUGUUUUGGCCUACACCUCCCAGAAAUCCCAGCCUGUUUACCAACUGUUAGGAUUUUUGGGAGUUGAAGGCCAAAACAUCUGGGGACCCACAGCUUGAGAACCACUGAUUUACAGCAUCAAAGAUGAGAUACUCCUAUAUAUCACUUACUGGGAAGUGCCCAUGAGAGGGUGUUUAUGUGUUGCUUGAUGAUUUCUUGUAGGCAUCCAGUUGCCACUGAGUGAACAGAAAUGCUAGAGAGAGGUUUGGUUUGAUCCCGCAUGGCAUAUCUUAUUUUAUAUCCACAUUUUCCCUUCCUCUCAUUAUCAUUUCUUUAAAACCAGAUCUGAAGUCAGACAAGUAGAGUUCAAUUAUUUAUAUUAAUUGGAUGUAUGCAAAGGUUCACUUAUUUUUCCAGCAGAAAGUGUGGCCUCCGAAUUCUAUCCAUGUCAGCAGGUCCAGAAGUCCUUCAUUUCAAUCAGGUUCCCUAUUGUCCAUGGUUUUGUGUAUCCGCACAAAAUUCAGGAAUGUAUCCCUUGUGCAUAUGAAGGCUAUACUGUCUGCCUUUGAUAUGGAUUGGUUUGGUAUGGCUCCUAUCCUGCUUUAUCUGGAGUCAGUCCCAAGUGUUCCUUCACAGGCAUUUAUUUUUAUAUGGUGAAAAAGCAAAGGGUAAGAAAAACCAUGGGCACAGGUAUGGGUUAUGUAUCUUUUUCAAUUGAGGCUUAUCAAGUGGCCUUGAAAUGUUUAUGAGAAGUGGUUUUAGAGACAGGCCUUCUGACCCUUUUCUGUAUUCUGUCAUCAAAAAGGCACAUUCACUGACUUCUUUACAUGGAACUCAAUGGCUAUUGUGAUUAAUAGCUCAGAUGUAAUCUUGAUAGUGCACAUCAUUGCCAAGGAAGCUCUUCCCCCUUUCUUGGGAGUACAUCAGAAGUUGCAUAGUGCUCUGAUCCUCUCUCCCAGGGAGCUGGAAUAUGGCCGCGUGCUGCUGUUUUCUUCUUAAUGGUUCAUCAUGUUCUCUUCUAUGUUUUAACAGCAGGGCCGAGUGCUACACAUUUGACCUCAGUAUCUUCCUACAUGAGAGCUGAAGGCAGCUGUUCUUGUUGGUAUGUGCCUUCAAGCAGUUUCCGACUUGUGAUGACCAUGAGGCUAGCCUACCAUGGGGUUUUCUUGGCAAGAUUUGUUCAGAGUGGUUUUGCCAUUGUCCUCAUCUGAGGCUGUGAUUUACCCAUGGCUGAGCCAGGAUUCAGACCAUAGUCUCCAGAGUCAUAGUCCAGUGCUCAAACCUCUGCACCACACUAGCUCUGUGGAAAGUGACGGCAGACCUUUAUCAGUGAGAACUUUCUCUGGAAAGGGCUUUUCCUCUUAUUGGAAAGUGAGAAGGUGGAUCUGUCAUUUCAGGAGGCAUCACCGUGCUAUUAAUGAGUGCUGCAGCUGGAUGCCUGCGCUGGGAGCAGCAUCAGCCCAGCCUUGGUUCACGGAUAUCAAACACUGGCGCAGGGGGUGGGUGGGUAGGCAUAAAGUGCAAGUACUUUCUCGCUUGCUAUUUAUAUAAUUUAAAGUGAUUUUCUGUAAGGUGUAAAUGAUUUGGGGGAGUUAUACAUUUUCUAAUGGUUUCUUAUUCUCUCUUUAGACCUGGAGUAUCUCCAGGGCCUCCUGCUGCUAGAUUCUGGUUUCUCCUUUGAUUUCCUGGUAUUAUGCAAGAGUCCCAAAGCGUGGGGCUGGAUUUUUUUUCUGUCCCAAGGUGAACAGGCUCCUGCAAAUGCUGAAAGUGAUUCAAAUGGAGUAUUGUAAUGAAUGUGCAUAGAUACUGUCUGCCUUUUUUUUAAAAAAAUAAAGGUUUUAGAUAUUGUUUUUCAAGUC